AUGGGAAUGGGAAAUAACGGUAUGGGAAUGGGAAAUAACGGUAUGAAAAUGGGAAACAACAAUAUGGGAAUGGGAAACAACAAUAUGGGAAUGGGAAACAACAAUAUGGGAAUGGGAAACAACAAUAUGGGGAUGGGAAACAACAAAAUGGGGAUGGGAAACAACAAUAUGGGGAUGGGAAACAAUAUGGGAAUGGGAACCAACAAUAUGGGAAUGGGAACCAACAAUAUGGGGCAAUGGGGACCAACAAUAUGGGGAUGGAAAACAACAGUAUGGGGAUGGGAAACAACAAUAUGGGGAUGGGAAAUAACGGUAUGGCAAUGGGAAACAACAAUAUGGGGAUGGGAAAUAACGGGUGUAGUCCAUAUUAAAACGGAAAACAAUAGCAUUAAUUCUAACUCACAUCAUGAGAAUUCUCAACAAAGUCAUCAUGGAAAUUCUCACCAAAGUAAUCAUGAAACUUCGCACCAAAAUAAUCAUGAAGAUUCUUACCCAAGUCAUCAUGGAAGUUCACAUCAUGAUAAUCAGGACCGAGUUAAUGAAAAUUCACAGAAUACGAUAAAUGCUCAAAGUGAGAUAGGUGGAUACAAUGAUCAUAAUCAAAAUAGUGAUUACAGUGCCAAUCAGAAUAGUGGUUACAGUGCCAACCAAAAUCAAGACGGCUACCAACCCGACCAAAAUGGUGGUUAUCAAGGCGGUGAUAAUCAAGGUGGUUAUCAACACAACCAAGAUGGUGGCUAUCAAGGUGGUGAUUGCUAUCAAAACAGCAAUGUUAUAAGUAACUAUAAUCAUGACGGAGGUUAUCAAAAUGGAUAUGAUCAAUAUAACGCUAAUGAUUCGGGAGGUGCGUAUAACAUGAGCUCUUUAAACAACGCUUUGGAUAGUUGUGGUUAUGAUAAUUAUAGUG